UGCGUGCGCCAAGGAUGGAGGAGUCGGAACCCGAGCGGAAGCGGGCCCGCCCUGACGAGGCGACUGCCGGAGGGAGUCGCUCCGAGGAUGAGGAUGGGGAGGAGGAAGACUACGUGCCGUAUGUGCCGCUGCGACAGCGCCGGCAGCUCCUGCUUCAGAAGCUGCUGCAGCGCAGACGCAAGGGAGCCGCGGAGGAGGAGCAGCAGGACAGCGGCAGCGAGCCCCGGGGGGAUGAAGACGACAUCCCCCUGGGCCCUCAGUCCAACGUCAGCCUCUUGGAUCAGCACCAGCACCUCAAAGAGAAGGCUGAAGCCCGCAAGGAGUCUGCAAAGGAGAAGCAGCUCAAGGAAGAAGAGAAGAUUCUGGAGAGUGUAGCGGAAGGACGAGCCUUGAUGUCAGUGAAGGAGAUGGCCAAGGGCAUCACGUACGAUGACCCCAUCAAAACCAGUUGGACUCCACCCCGUUAUGUCCUGAACAUGUCUGAAGAGAGGCAUGAACGAGUACGGAAGAAGUAUCACAUUCUGGUGGAGGGAGAUGGCAUCCCACCACCCAUCAAGAGCUUCAAGGAAAUGAAGUUUCCCGCAGCAAUCCUUCGAGGCCUGAAGAAGAAAGGCAUCCUUCACCCAACACCCAUUCAGAUCCAGGGCAUACCCACCAUUCUGUCUGGCCGGGACAUGAUUGGUAUAGCUUUCACCGGGUCAGGCAAGACUCUGGUGUUUACCCUGCCUGUCAUCAUGUUUUGCCUGGAGCAAGAGAAGCGGUUGCCUUUCUCCAAGCGUGAGGGGCCCUACGGACUCAUCAUUUGCCCCUCGCGGGAGCUGGCCCGGCAGACGCACGGCAUCCUGGAGUAUUACUGUCGCCUGCUGCAAGAGGACAGCUCCCCGCUCCUGCGCUGUGCCCUCUGCAUUGGAGGCAUGUCUGUCAAAGAGCAAAUGGAGACCAUCCGACACGGUGUGCACAUGAUGGUGGCCACCCCUGGGCGCCUCAUGGAUUUGCUACAGAAGAAAAUGGUCAGCCUGGACAUCUGUCGCUACCUGGCCCUGGAUGAGGCCGACCGCAUGAUUGAUAUGGGCUUCGAGGGGGACAUCCGCACCAUCUUCUCCUACUUCAAGGGCCAGCGACAGACUCUACUCUUCAGUGCCACCAUGCCCAAGAAGAUUCAGAACUUUGCCAAGAGUGCCCUGGUAAAACCUGUCACCAUUAAUGUGGGGCGCGCCGGGGCCGCCAGCCUCGAUGUCAUCCAGGAGGUAGAAUACGUGAAGGAAGAGGCCAAGAUGGUGUACCUGCUGGAGUGCCUGCAGAAGACCCCCCCGCCGGUGCUCAUCUUUGCGGAGAAGAAAGCAGAUGUGGAUGCGAUCCACGAAUACCUGCUGCUCAAGGGGGUCGAGGCCGUGGCCAUCCACGGGGGCAAAGACCAGGAGGAACGGACCAAAGCCAUCGAGGCCUUCCGAGAGGGCAAGAAAGACGUCCUAGUGGCCACCGAUGUGGCUUCCAAGGGCCUGGAUUUCCCUGCCAUCCAGCACGUCAUUAAUUACGACAUGCCUGAGGAAAUCGAGAACUACGUGCACCGGAUCGGCCGCACCGGGCGCUCCGGAAACACAGGAAUCGCCACCACCUUCAUCAACAAGGCAUGCGAUGAGUCGGUGCUCAUGGACCUCAAGGCCUUGCUGCUGGAAGCCAAGCAGAAGGUGCCGCCUGUGCUGCAAGUCCUGCACUGCGGGGACGAGUCCAUGCUGGACAUUGGAGGAGAGCGUGGCUGUGCCUUCUGCGGGGGGCUGGGCCAUCGCAUCACCGACUGCCCCAAGCUGGAAGCCAUGCAGACCAAGCAGGUCAGCAACAUUGGCCGCAAGGACUACCUGGCCCACAGCUCCAUGGACUUCUAGCCAAGGACACAGUCUCAGGCCUGCACUCCCCACACACACCAGCCCGCUGGACAGGAAGCCAGCCCCCUUGGCCCAGCCGGCCUGGGCAUUCCCUGGACCCCCACCCCAGAAUGACUAUUUUUGUUUCUCCUCCCUGUCUUCUCGUUGCUAUUAAAGCACAGCCCCGCCCUGCC